GUCAUGAACUUUGUCGCCAGGCACGCUUUGACAGACACAGUACUAUUGUUUUGGUGUGAUAAACUAUGAAAUUGACCAGAUAAAUUAUAGGUUCAAAGAUGGAUAUGAAGGGAACUUUGUCUGCGGAGAAGGUGCCAUUCACAAAGGAAAAGAGUAUCCUGAAUGACAUUGCUCAGGAAACUAAGGACAAACCUGGCUAUGGAAACCUUACUGAAGAAGAACUUAUGGAGAAAGUUGAAACUAUUCUGUUGGAGAGAAUAAAAAAUGGAGACAAAAAAGCUUAUUUCCAGCUUGGAUUAUUUUAUUAUGAACAGGACAUGUUUGAGAAGGCCAGGACAUAUUUUGAGAGAUCUAAAGAUUUUGAUUACCAGUCCCUGUACAUGCUAUCAUGUAUGUUGUAUGAUGGAAUCGGUGGAGAGGCAGAUGAAAAAUGUGCAGUAGAAUAUUUAAAGAAGAUUGCUCACUCAGAUUCCAGACAAACACAACACAUAAAAAGAGCAGCACAGUUCAAUCUAGGGAGAGCUUUUUUUGAAGGAUAUGGAGUUGGAAGACAGUCUGAUGAAGAGGCAGAAAGGUACUGGUUAAUGGCUGCUGAUGAUGGAAAUCCUAAAGCCAGCAUACUUGCUCAGACAAUAUUAGGGAUGUAUUACUCACGUGCUGAUACUCAGGAUCUGAAGAAAGCUUUCUUCUGGCAUUCAGAGGCUUGUGGGAAUGGAAGUAUUGAGUCUCAGGGUUGUUUAGGGAUAAUGUAUGAAUUUGGAAUUGGUGUAAAACAAGACAUGGAUUCAGCAUAUGUUUGUUUGAAGGAAGCCUCCGACCGUGGAAAUGUGUACGCCAUGGGAAAUCUAGUCGGUCAUUAUUACAGGAGAAAACUAUAUACCAAAGCUGCGGAUUUGGCUUCAAGAGUAGCUCAGUUCCACGAUGUUCCAUUACUUGCCAAUGAAACUGGCUGUCUACCUGGUUAUAUUUCUAAGGGCAUUGCUUUGGGUUGUUUUUACUAUGCUCGGUGUUUACAUGAAGGACAUGGCGUCAAGAAAGAACCUGCAGAUGCUCAAAAGUAUUACUCAAAAUCUUAUGAAUAUGACCCAGAUGUUUGUGCAAGACUACAAAACAUUACUCAACAUGGAGUUAUAUAGAACAUUCAGUAGAAAAAAAUUCUAUUCCUGCACCACUCAAGAUAUAGGAGGAAAUUACAUACAGAUCACUGCCUUUCCUUCAUGUAUGAAUGAUGUGUGAUGAGAACUCAGGUUAUUAGAUGGAUGGCAGCAAAUGAUGAUUUCUUUGUUAAAUGUGCAUGUCUGAUUUAAACCUUUAGUAUAAAAUUGCAUAAUGGUUAGUCAUUAGUAAUUGAUAUGCUGUUUUGGGGAAUUGAGUUUUAUGGAUUUUAAGUCAAAAUUUCAGAAACCGUAAAACUUAUUGAAACUAUUUCAAAGCAUUAAAUUAUCAGUGUGAAUUGUUUUGUUGAACAUACUUUAAAAUAUGACGUAACAUUUGCCC